AUGGGCACCGAGAGAGAGCUGUAUCAUCCAUGGGGUGAUUAUGAAGAGCAGGGACCCAUCCUCGUGCAUUGUCACGCCAUUGAGGUAUUUUACAAGUUUGCAGGUCGAGGUAUCUUCCUUAUCAGAGAACAUACAAUAGUUUUCGUUUAUUUUUCUGACGGCUCGCGCAUUGAUCAUAGGCCUAAUGCUUCCGCUGCUUGUAACAGCACACGUCUCAUGGAAAACAGCAGCAUUUGCCUUCUCUGCGACGAGGAACCAUUCCUUGGUAGCCCCAUUCCCUCCCCAAGACUCUUCGGUCCUCAAAUCUCUUCUUCUUCUGCAUUAUCUCGGUCGUCUCAACCAGUAGCAGACGACGGCGUCGAACUGGAAAAAUUCUUGUUCGAUCUUCUGCAAAGAGAGCAUAUUUAUUCGCCAAGUCGUGGUUACCACGAGCGACUGCAUCAAACUUCCCAUCUACCUCUGGCAAGGACCAGAGCAAUCCAGUAUAUCAUUUCGGUAUGCAGCCGACUAAAUUUAGGAGCCGGGACGACAUUCAAUGCCGUGAAUUAUCUGGAUCGAUUCAUCUCCAUGAAUUCUACUGUGAAAUGGGAGGACUGGAUGAUGGAGCUGCUAUCCAUCGCUUGUCUGUCCAUCGCAUCGAAGAUGGACGAAGUUUCUGUCCCUUCGUUGCUUGAUCUCCAGAUGGAGGAUCUGGACCAUUCGUUCGAGUCGAUCACGAUCCAACAGAUGGAACUGACGGUGCUGAGGAAACUGGACUGGCGACUCUCGUCGAUCACGCCCUACUCGUACGUGGAGGCGCUGACGUGGGGGUCGGAUCGCGUGCGCACUCGCGUCGUGGAGCUCCUCGUCGGCGCUUUAUCAGACAGCAGAUUUCUACAAUUCAAUGCGUCCAACGUGGCAGCAUCUGCUCUGAAAGCUGUUGGAGAAGGUGAAGGUGGCUCGCCUUUUGCCCCUUUCGUUCGAGACCACGGCACGAUCGGCAUCGGCUUCGAUAUUGCUCCGAUGUGGGUCCCUUUUGGAAUAAACCAAAGAGGGAAGAAGAGGAAAAGAGACGGCGAAGCAUAA